CAGUGUCAUGUCAGUCCAUGUCAGUCUUUUGAUUGCUCGUGUCGGGUUUGUUUCGUGUACAGCAGGUAGUUUUAUUUGUGGGACAAGAUUAUUCGACAUUUUGUGAUAUAAAUAAAAACAAUGACAACGAUAUGCAAACAAAUAUGUAUUUAUCGAAAAUGACGGUUAUUCCAUCUUCUUAUGUACAUUUCUAUGAGAAACUAUUGCAAAAAACAACAUAAACAGUGAGUGUUCAUCUACGGAUAUUUUUGUAAAAAUGAGACAUGCAUUCAUCCGAAAUGCAAAAAAGUGUAUCAGUGCAAGUAGAUAGUGAUUUCGCCUUAUUGUUGCCCAGCGGAGCCUAUGAAAUAAAAAAAAUGGAACCGAGAUCUAAGCUUCGCAGGGUGAUACUCUUCUGUUUACUACUUUCACUAUUUGGGAUGGUGGCUUUUGGAUAUUUUUGCCCUGACCAGGUGUGUGCGUUAUCGCCGCGGGAGCGUGUAUCGGAGGCUGUGGCGCUGACGUACGCUGAAGCACCAGGCCGGCCGCUGCCUGACAUGAUCGCGCAGCCAGGCUUGUCCUACGACGAGGUGCUACACGACGACUUCCGAUUCGACCUGAACGCCCACGACGUUAUGGUCUUCUUGCAUAUACAAAAGACCGGCGGAACUUCGUUCGGGAAGCAUCUGGUCAUGGACUUGGACUUGAAGAGGCCGUGCAACUGUCAGCGGGCGCGAAAACGUUGCCAUUGUUUUCGGCCUCACAGCAACGAAAUAUGGCUCUUUUCGAGAUACUCCACCGGCUGGAAAUGCGGCCUCCACGCAGACUUCACGGAGCUGACGGCGUGCGUGGGCGGCGAGCUGGACCGCAACGAGGGCUCCGCGGUGCACAGAAGAUACUUCUACAUCACGCUGCUUAGGGAACCCGUCGCCAGGUACUUGUCAGAGUAUCGGCACGUGAAACGAGGCGCGACGUGGAAGGGCUCCCGGCACUGGUGUCAAGGGCGCACCGCCACAGGAGCGGAAGUACCCCCGUGCUACAACGGCGACUCGUGGCGGGGCGUGACCCUGGAAGAGUUCGCAGCUUGUCCCUGGAACUUGGCCAACAAUAGGCAGACCAGGAUGCUGGCGGACCUGGCGCUGGUCGGCUGCUACAACGGCACCCUGAGGCACAGAACAUCAGACACAGAUCGGGUGCUCCUCGCCUCGGCUAAGAGGAACUUAGCCGCGAUGGCCUACUUCGGCCUCACUGAGUUUCAGAAGAUAUCGCAGUACGUAUUCGAAGAGACGUUCAACCUGCGAUUCGCGGUGCCGUUCACACAGCACAACGCGACGGUGUCGGGCGCGACGCUGGCCGCGCUGUCGCCCGCCCAGGUGGCGCACAUCAAGCGGCUCAACUCCUUGGACUUGGAGCUCUAUGAGUUUGCCAAGAACUUGAUGUUCAAAAGAUUCGAAGCUCUGAAGAAGCGCGACUCAGACUUCGAGUUCCGUUGGCGGCACCUCGGCGAGGUGACCCGCAAUGGGGUCACCGAGUUCGACUGGGACAGCAACCUGGAGGACGCCACCACCGAGCGGUACCGGGGCAAGUAAUGACGUCAUUGCACACUAGUCAUUCUCACGUCAAACGAAAAUAAAAUCGCAUCUGACUAUAAUUACUUAUUCUGAAUCGGCUCUUUUUGCUGAUUCGGAAUAUAUAUACUUUUUUUUUAAUAUUCAGAUGCUUUUUUUUCUUUAUGACGGGCGUUACGCGUAAUACGAUUUCUUCACAACGAGGCAUUUGCUUGCUCCGUCUUGAGUUUCAAGAACGCUCUUUGUUCUAAGUCAUAUCGUUUUUGAUAUAAUUUUAGUCAGAACGUGUGCGAUAAGUUCCCACUAAUAAAUAAGACAAUUAUAAGUUUGUGUACAUGUGCAAGGUUUGUUAUGAGAUUUAGUGUGGUUGAAGAAGUUUGAUCGUAACUUCACGCUUUAAUCGCUGAAGUGUAAAUACAUUCGGCCGAAAUCGUUGUGGACAGCUAAUAUAUUAUUUUGUAAGUGACAUAAUCUAACGAUAUGCAUUACAAGCUAUUUAUUGAAGUAUUUCAAAAGGUAUUGAAACAUUAGUCGACAAUCUAUAUCAAUCAUCAGAGUAAUAAAAAUGCCACGUUGAAGGACUUACUAGAUCUUUAUAUUAUUAAGCUGUGUUGUUGUACAUAUGUUAAACCGAGAAAGAAUCACAACUAUAAAUAUAGACAGCUGUAUAUAGUUGGUAAACGCCUUCAAUAUAAGUAUGAUAAUGACUUAUAUCGUAACGCUCUCACAUAAAAUAGUUGUUAUUGAAAAGUUAUAUUUUGUCUUGAGCUUCUCCUACGUUUUGUGAGAGCGGUAUCGUGUAGAUCUGGAAUAUUUUGGGUGGUUUUAGGUACACUGUAAUUAAUAGCAUUUUCAAGUUCCAACUCGAUGUAAAGAUUAUUAUUGAUUUCGUAGAAAUAACUAAGUACACAUGGAUUUACAUCGUUUACGAUAUAAUGGUUUGAAAUAUAUUUUUAAAGCUCUGGGAUAGUAUAAAACUUUUAUAUCUAUUUAAAUACAUGUUAUGAAUAUAUAACUUAAUAAAAAAUAAAUAAUUUGUUCUUUUUCUUAGACUCUCGGAAUUCGUUCGAUGCAAACAAAUUUAGUAGCAAUUUAUUUUGUGAAUAUUAUCUAAAAGUGCUGUGAGUCCAUCCCUUUCAAUGAAUAUCUAUGUAUUAUUAACAAUUGUUGUUGAGCGAAUGUUGUUGAUUGGAUCUUUGAGAGAAACAGGGUAGGUAUGACAGUUAGGAAUGAGCCCAACGAAGAAUCUAGAUUGUUAUGUAUUUAGUUGUACAGCCUAGUAGUUAUAUUUUAGACAUGUACAGUAGCUAGUGUUGAGAAAUAGCCAGUGAGACUUAUACUUUUAUAUUACUUUUCGCUUUACGUCCUUUCACAAGAUAGAGCUGAAAUUGGAACCUAUAUUUUUUUAUAUGCAUGCAAGUAAAAUGAACGACGUCGUAAUAUUGUGUACAGUUUAAGCGUUUCUUCUUGUUUCUUUGGAAACAUUGAUUAGUUUUCUGUAUUUAUAGCCUUCCCCUAAAAGUUACGAUUAGUUAUAUUGGAGUGAACUUACUUGGAGCGUCGAGACAAUACGAAAACGUAGAUGUUGUUCAGUAUCAGCGAGAUAUAGUGUAAUCACUUGCUCAAACAAAAUGUAUUGUGGAAGGUAAGCAGCUGUGACUUUAAUGAAUAUAAUAUUGAUACCUGUUUCAGGCUACUUUAAAAAUGUUUAGGUAGUGUAUUACAUUAUAUUUUAAAUGUUUUAAAAAUGAUUCGCAAGCUACUCUAGAUAUAACGAUUUUUAGAAUUGUAACUUUAUGAUCAGAAAUGGUUAUACAUAUAUUUUUAGGUAGCUUUUUUUAAUGUCGAAAUAUCUAUUGACCGAAUCGUUUCCCUAGGUACGUUCAAUAUUUAUUAAUGUUUUUAAUAUCUCGGUUGGUUUGGUUGGUAGCUACCCUGAUGUGCGGGCCCAUCCAUAUCACAAGAAUGCCAGAAACGGAUUUUAUAUUAAAAUAAAAAACUUAUAUUAAAUGCAUAUAUCUUUCAUUUUUAAUAAGAGUUGUAAUGAAGGUUUCGUAGAUAUUUCGUCAUUUAUUGUUUAAUAAUAUUUUUUACAUUUGUACCAUGUAAAUAUAUUAGGUAGACUUUAAUAAAGUUUUAAUUAAAUUUAACCAAAGAACAAAACUACUCUUGAAUUAUAAAAUAUCUAUAACGUAGCACUGCCUUACGUAAAAUGGAUUUUCCAUUUAUAUUUAAUUUAAUUGAUAUAUUUUUGUUACAAUUUAUGAAAAAAUAAAGAUGCUUUCACAAUAAAGUCAGUUGCCUACCAGUCUGGUGCGAAAAAUAAUAAUUCGUGUAAUUUAAAUCAUUUGAAAUAACGAUAUCUGGUAUGUUGUACCACAAAUUACAAUAAAAUAUAGUCCAUCAAACAUUAAAUUUAAUCAAUUAUAUACAGUAAUCUUUUUCUACCGAGCACGAAUAUUUCAAAAUUUAUACAUUCAGCAUAAUUUUAAGUUUUCACGAUAUUUAAAAAUAAGUAGCAACCUGUAUAAGUCACAAUCCCAUCCAUCUAAAAUAGAUAAAAUAUAAAACUGACGCAGUACCUUAAAUAAUGUAUAAAUAGUUUUUUUAGCUUAAUUGAUUUUUAGGGAUAUUGGACUUGUUAUAUUGAGCAUGCCAAAAUGUCAUAUUAUUUAUAGCGAGGUCUUUGUCCGCGUGAGAGUAUGUCGUAUAAAUAGCCAUUUUUACAUGUCGGCAAAGCGGUGGUUGAAUGAAAUUAUAUUUUGUUUUCAAAGAUGGCAAAUCCAAUAGUGCAGUCUUUCUAGCCUUCGUGAUUUUAGUUCGGAUUAGGGAUUGUCGUGAUUAGAUCACAUAAUGUAUGAAUUAUUAUUAUUACCGUAACAAUUACCUACUUAUGCAAACCCAAGGAUUUAGGACUUCAAAAGAGAUUCUGAGAGAGACUAUUGCAAACACAAAACAAACCUGUGUCUAAUUCAACACACUGUUAAUAAUACGAGACUUGUUUAUUAUUGAAGGCCUCUGACACUAGAACAUGUCCUUACAUCCAUAAUAACAUUAUUUAUACCUCACAUCGUGCAUUUCAUUGAGUUGAAACAAUUGAGAUCUUCAAUUAGUCUGAUAUUUUUCUUCCAGCUACCAAUUAUAACCUUUGUUAUCAAGACCACAACCUAUCAUAACGAUGCAUCUUGAAUAGUUUCACAGAAUAUAUUGUUGGACGUAAUUACUUUUUUAUGGGCAGUUUACAACUGGAAAUGUUCAUAAUUUACUGGCCGUCAUAAUUGUUGAUUAACUCACAACUGCUGAAUAAUAUGCUCAUUAGAAGAACAGUAGUUAAUAGGGGAGGGUAUAAUUAUACCAAACAUCGAAAAAUUUAUCACAAUUUACAUUAAUAUUAAUCCCUUUGUAUUAUUAUUAUUAUUAAUUUCAUUGAUGUUGUAUUUUAGUUGGCAAAAUUUCGUGCAGAAAUGAUUUACGCACUUAUUCAAUUUAUCAAAAUCACGUUUGUUUUCCGAAUGCGUGGUUGAAUUAUCUGAACAUAAUGUGUAAGCAUUUUCUGCCGCGUUCUGGUAUUCUGGAACGAUAUAUUGUGCAUUAAUUUUGUUUUAUUCGUAUGAUGUGAAUUCUUUUGUUUUGUAAUUUGAAUUAUUCUCGCGUUGUUUGUCGAAGUUGAAUUUUUUGUUUAGGAUCCAUUGUAGGAAUUUAAUGCCUUUGUAGCUUCAUUGUGUUCUGACUUUAACAUUUCCAGAUAAAUUUCAAACUCAUAGGAGAAUUGAAUAAUGUUAUGCUAUUACCACAAUACUUUGAAACAAGGUAAAUCGAUCGACAGUUUCAAACUUUGAUCAUCCGUUUGUACAUUCUAUUCAUAGAAGAUAGUGAUGAACAAAUUCCAAUAAAUCCAUAAAUCGAACAAAUUUUAAUAAAAGCUCCAUGAAUAUGUCGAUGCAAUUUUAAACCCGCUAUUUGAAAACUACGUUCAAUUUUGAACAGAGAUUCAGAGUACAAAUAUAUUUGGAUUAAAAUUAUAUUGGCAGCGGCAUUCGCGUUUGGCUGUCGUCAUUGUAUUUAACAGUUUCCAAAAUGAAGAUAUUAAUGUUACCAGUAUGUCGAUACCAGUUACAAAACAUUAUCCAGUAAAUUUUGAUUGGAUUGGAAUAAUUUCAGGUUUACGGCAUUAGUUGUAUUUCUGAAAUUUCAAUGAAAGCAGAACGCCCCGGGGCAUAUGAUAAUUGUAUUAAUUUAGUAGUGUUUAGUAGUUUAGCGUACACUUAAAACAAAAACAAGAUCUACAGAAGAUUUUCAUGACUAGGUACGUCUUGGUUUUAUCAUUACCUAUGUAGAAUAUGUAGUUUUAUUAAACUGCUAGAGUCCAUUUCUAUGCUAUUGUAUGUGCUAAGAUCUAGUUGACAAUAAAAUUGAUGGCUAUCACUUUAUUGCGAGUGCGACCUAUUCGUACGACCGGACUGGGCUCCAUCCAUAUAGCAUUUGCGUAAAAUGUUCCAAGUUUUCAUUGUUGUUUUAGUAUUUAUAUCACUGAACACUGUGUAAUUUACGAUCAACUAUUUUGUUAUUCCAUUUGUAUUAAUUCUAUACUUUUAAAGUACACGUAUUUGGAUAACCUAUUUUUGACGGAAUUUUAUUAUUAUUUACCAGAAAACAUUUAAUAUUUUACGUUUGUUUUUAAAUAUUUACUCGAUCAAAUGUUUUGUAUUUACUUUUAUCAAAUUACCUAUUUUAGAUGUAAGCUGAACAUUUGUACAUUUACAUUUUCUGUGUGUAUAGUAAUGCUAAGCCCUGUGAUAAACUAUUUUUGCACCCAAGGAUUAUUUUUUUUCUUAGAUACUGUCUAAAAUAUUUUCGUGCUUAGCUAUUGUAAAUAUGUAAUACAUAUAUUUAUUGGUCUAAGUAAUGUUGUGCAGGCAUUUAAAUGGAACAGACGAAGGCGUGGACGGAAUGGAGACGAGCUGUCAUACCAGUAAACAGAUAAUUCUCAGAUCAGUCCAAAUCCAAACCCAAUAAUUUAUUAUAAUUUGCGCUUGUAGUCUUCGUUCCGUCCUCGUGUAGCACCAGCUUAGUCUGGCCUGCGCUUACGUAUAAACGAUGGGUGCAUAGGCCAUAAUGUAAGUAAGCCAUAACCACGCAAGGGUCGUGGUGACUCGAUAAUAAACUAGAUUACCUUGUCUCUAGCCUAAGCUGUUUAUGUAUGUACCUAGCACACCGUUCGGUGCAGUAGGUACGCGAUGUCUAGUACCAAAUUUAGCGUUUAGUUUUUUAAGUUCCCGACUGAACCAAAACAUAGAAUGUUAUAUUGUGUUACGAUCACAGUAAUAAAACAAGUGAAAAUUA